CAACUCAUGUAAGCGUGAGAUACAGAAAUCAAUCCACCUUCUACCACCUCUUGACCGUCUGAUACCCCGAACCAAAAACCUCCAAAUUCCCAGCCUCACCAUUGCUCAUGUACCUGUCCGUUUCUUAUCGUACGCAGAGAUAAAUAUAUCCCCCCUUGCCUGGUCAAGAGGACAUCUUGCUCAUUACCAAAAAGAAAAAUACAAAAUAGAGAGGACAGCUUGUUAGCCUUUACAAUUUCGUCUCUUUCUUUGAACUUUUGUGUACCGAAAUCCAAGAGGGAUUUUUGGUACAAGAACCUGUGAACCAUGGUUGUUUUUCAUCAAUCAAUACUGUUGUUUGCUUCUGUUAUUGUGUUAUUUGCAGUGCAGCAUGCAAACUCAUCAUCAGUUGAGACAGUGCAUUAUAAUGUCACUGGAUACAGAGGUCGACACCUAGGCGGUGGCUGCAACUUGUUCCAAGGAAAAUGGGUUGUGGAUAGCUCUUUUCCUCCUUAUGAAUCCUCAGGCUGUUCCUUCAUUGACUAUGAAUUUGAUUGCCAAAAAUAUGGCCGCCCAGACCAACAGUACCUCAAGUAUGCUUGGAAACCUGACUCUUGCAACUUGCCCAGGUUUGAUGGCUUGGACUUUUUGAAGAGGUGGAAAGGGAAGAAGAUAAUGUUUGUCGGAGAUUCUUUGAGCUUGAACCAGUGGCAAUCUUUCCUGUGUUUGAUUCAUGCGUCGGUGCCAAGUGCCAACACCAAUCUUGUGAGGAAGGAGAUCCUCUCUUAUGCGACUUUUCAGGACUACGAUGUAACCAUCUAUCUUUACCAUUCAACAUACUUGGUGGAUAUAGCACAAGAAAAUAUUGGCCGGGUACUGAAAUUGGACUCCAUUGAUCGAGGCAAUGAUGCAUGGAAAGGAAUGGAUGCUUUGGUUUUCAACACCUGGCAUUGGUGGCUUCAUAGAGGAGAUUCUCAGCCAUGGGAUUAUGUGCAAGAUGGUUCCACUGUCUCGAAAGAUAUGGACCGUCUAGUGGCAUUUUCCAAAGGUUUGUCUACUUGGGCACAAUGGGUUAAUCAGAAUGUCGACUCUUCUAAAACCAAGGUCUUUUUCCAGGGGAUCUCUCCCUCACAUUACGAUGGCAAGGAGUGGGGUUCAGAUUCCAAGAGUUGCUAUGGAGAGAGAGAGCCACUCCAAGGGUCAAGAUAUCCAGCAGGAUUACCCCCAGCUGUGGACGUGGUUAAAAAGACCCUAAGUAGCAUGCAGAAACCAGUUGUGCUGCUUGAUAUUACAACACUCUCACAACUGAGAAAAGAUGCUCAUCCGUCGGGUUACGGUGGUUCGAAAUCGGGUAAUGAUUGCAGCCAUUGGUGCCUUCCUGGGGUGCCUGAUACUUGGAACCAGCUCCUCUAUGCUUUACUUUAGCUCGUAGGAAUGAUCUGCAUGACCUUUAAAUCUACGUAGAAACAUUAAGGCUGCAGAUUUACUUGUCCUAUCAUUAAAUCUACGUCGAAAGGAAUAAGACAGAGAAAAUCAAGCUUUUGGAAUUACCAAUGUAAACAUACAGAAGGUUGCUUCCGUUAGGAAUCAACUCAUGCUUGAAUACUUGUACAAGUAUAGCCAAGAAUGCAGUCUAUUUGUUAUUUGCACUUCUAUUC